UAAGGAGACUCUCAGAAGUCACCGCCUGAGCGAGCAUCAAACCUGAAUAACCGGGAGAGACGUAAGGCGGGCUGACUUUCAGUGGUUCCCGCCUGCCCACGCUGCAGGUUUUUCAGGUCCUUGCUGGAGCGUGCACUCCCAGGCGUAAAUAAACGUGCGCUCGGCAGCCGCCGCCGCGUCAGCCAGCAGGCUAUUUAAGCCGGCAGGCACCAGCACCCGCUGCUUCCAGCGCAGAGCUCGCCCAGGCUUCCACCCGCGCCAGCACCAUGUCGGCGGAGACCGCCAGCGGCCCCACGGAGGACCAGGUGGAGAUCCUGGAAUACAACUUCAACAAGGUCAACAAGCACCCCGACGCCACCACGCUGUGCCUCAUCGCCGCCGAGGCGGGCCUCACGGAGGAGGAGACGCAGAAAUGGUUUAAGCAGCGCCUGGCCCAGUGGCGGCGGUCAGAAGGCUUGCCCUCCGAAUGCAGGUCUGUUACGGAUUAGGGAGCCGGGCACCCACAGCCCCGCUGGAUGGCUCCGUGAACGCCACCUGCUCCUCCUCGCCCCGGCUCACCCAGGCUGUUUUGAUGUUUCAGAGCAGUGUUGAAUGUCCCAUUGUUUGCUGUCCUGCUAUUUAAUACGAUGUAUUUUUUUAAAUGUAUAUAACUAAUAAAGAAAAUAACAGGAAGCUAAAUGCAGUUCUGUGGAAAGCAAUGGUUUGGCUGGGAAAGGGGCGUGGCUUGCAUUCCCCCUUUGGAAUUUAAUGCAAGAUGACAGUGGAAAAAAAUUUCUGUUUGCCUUUCGUCAUUACCUUCUAGUAACAAUUCACAUGUCCCAUCCUCUUCAGAGCCGCCAGGCUUCUAUUGAGACGAUAUCAGAACAAGUCGGUCGGAAAAACAUCUCCUGAGUCCACUUCCCUGUGUCUUUCCCCCUCUGCUUCAUUUAAUUCACUGGCAGUGGAAUGAGAACACGGGUGUAUUUGAGUCAUUGAAAUUUUAUAUAUAACAGUCCCUUCACUUACGGCUGUGUUACCUCGGAGAGACCCCUAGGCUAGCAACUUCGGACUCCAAGCGGUAGAAAAGCAAGUAGCUAAGGAAAAAAUUUACAGAGUCUGCAGUUUAUUUAAAUGAACUUGUUGGGCUUAUUUUGCUGAAUAAAAUGAACUGCUUUUUGUUUCAAAAAUGAUGUUCUAAAUAAAAGACUUUCGUUGAAAAUUCA